UCACUAGAAAAGGCGGGAGAUGAAAAUUAUUUAAUUAAAACACAACGUAACGUGUUUGUGAGUUGUGGCUUGUGACUAAUGUGGAUUGGUUUCGAAAGCGGAAUUGCGGAUCUUGAAAGAAUAUAAGUAAGAUCAUUCCACUUAAAGUGACAAUAUGGUUGAUGUAAUGACUAUGAAGAACCACUGGACUGAUGAUGAAGUUGUUAAAAUUAAACGAAAAUCAAAAAGACUUCUUUUUGAUAGUGAUGAAGAGUCUGAAUCAGUGGAUAAUGAGCCACAAGGUUUCACUUCAGGCAAUGAUGAAAUGAGCCACAGUAACGGAAAUGCUGACUGUGAUGAUGAUCAUGGAAACAAGACUGAUUUUACUGAAUUGAGCACUCCUGACCUGCAGCAGUGCACCGUUAGAGAAAGCUCAGUGUCCACCCAGAAAUCACUGUUCCAAAAUAAGGAUUUAUAUGAUGCUGAAAGCACAGAUGAUGAUAAAAGUGAUGACGGUGAAAACAAAGAAGGUGAUUCUACAUACAUCAGAGACAGCCGUGCUGGAGGGAGCAGUAACAAUGAGGAUGAAAAGGAGAUUUUUCCUACCACUACCUCCAUGGAUAUUGAACUCUCAUCUUCACAGAAGUUAAAGAAACCCAUGAAACCAACCAGACAACCAGCAUCUCGGAAGGCCAAAACUGCUGCAAAGAGUGAAAUAGAUAACAUUCACAGUGAAACACAGAGAUUGCUUCGCCAGUCUCGUUUGUCAUUGCCGUACCAUCGUCCUAAGCAGCACAGUAUUAAGGAAUUCCUGCAAAGGCGGAAACCUGUUGUACCAGCUGUAAAAGAAAUUUCGGAGGCUACAAAAAACCUUGGACUUAUCUGGAAAGAUCUUGAAGAGAGAGAGAAAGAGGCUGAAGUUUUUUAUAAAUCUGAAUCAGAUGAUUCUGACAGUGAUACUAGCAAUAAGGUACUUGAUGAACAACCCAAGGUGUCUGAUCUAAGUAAUUCAGGUGAAAAUUUUUCUGAUAAAGGAGUUUCCAUAUCCUCACAAAUUGCAAAUGAUGUUACUUCAUCAAACAUACUAGUUACACAAACUGGGCAAGUUGAUGAUGAAAAUACUGAUCAAUCUGAUACAAACUGUAGUGUUAAGCAAAAUGGACUGGAGUGUGAUCAAAUGCCAACCAGUGCAGAGAAGUCAUCUGCUACAUAUGACACUGACAGUGCCCAAUCUCAUGAAAUUAGUAAAGAUCAUUCAGAUGUCAGGAGUGCAGAUAAAAAAAGUAAUGUUGUCAGCAACCCAAAUAUCACUUCUGAUAGUAAAUGUACACUACACAACAAGGCAGGGAGUGAGGUGACAAAUAAAACUGUAGGUUGUGGCAUGAUAUGUGAUGAUAAUGCUUGUGAUUCUACUGUAGAUGACCACACAGUGAGUUAUUCAGAAAAUGUUUCAAUGCUGGAUGUAUUUAACAUAGGUUCACAGGAUUUAGUCUUGCAUUACACUGUAAGUGACACAGUUGAUUUGUGUCAAGACAAGGACGUAAUGUCAGAAACACUGGGGCCACCCUUGAAUUCAAGUGACGUUACAUCUGAGCCAGAGACAAAAACUGAAACUAAGCUAUCUGCAACAGAAAUACAGAAAAGUUCUGAUAAUAGUUCAGUAUCCACAUCUGGAGCUCCGAAGUCAGACACAGAAGGGAUUUUACCGAAUUCUUCCCAUGAAUCUAGAAAAGUGUGUCCAGAUCUAGAGGCGUCAAUUGCAGAGGGUUCUGUUAGUAAUACUUCUCCAGAUAAUUGUGCAAAAGCCAGUGAAAGUGUCAAGGAACUAGGAGGUGCAAGGACCAGUGAAAUUGAGACUAAUGGUUUGACCAGUGUUACAAAUCUACAUAAGCAGGAUAAUGACCCUUUUAAAAGUACUAUAAAUAUCGAGGUGGCAAACACAGAAAUUAUGGAUAGCAUUAAGAGCAAUAAUGAUGUGGCAGACAAUUGUGGCAGCAAAGAUGCUUCACAUGAAGCAGUAAGAGCUUGUACUUCAAAUAAAUCUAAAAAUGUGAAAUUUCAGAGCAGGAUUAAUACAUUCUUUAAACCACAACUCAAAGGGGAUCCUGAUGAGAUUAUUGAUUUGGAUGCAUGUGUUACAAAAACUCCCAGUGGUGUCAAUGCACUUAUCGAGAGGUUUAUUAAACAUUCGGCUGCCAAGAAGAAACCUGUUAACAAGAAAAAUUUGGAAGUCAGUGUUUCAAGUGUGGAAAAAAGUGAAAAUGGAGAGGAAAACGUAGUGAAAGAGGUUUUAACAGUACCAUUAGAUGAAGAGGCACCUGAAGAUCCUGAAUUAGCCAAACCGGGUGCCAAACUCUUGCGACUGAAGGAAGAGCUCCAACAAAAAAUGGCACGGCAGAGAGAAGAGGAAUGGUUGAAGAAGCAGCAGGAAUUUAAAAUGGAUAAUGAAGAAGACAUUGAUGAUGAAAAGAGUGACUGUGGUAUGUUUGAUGAAGAUGAUGAUGCUGAAGAACCACUUACUGAAUCAGAAUCUGAGGAGGAGGAAGAAGAGGAAGAAAAUACAAAGGUUGUGCGGAAGAAAACUAUAAAGAAUAAAUUUUUGGAUGACGAAGCUGAAGUAUCUGGUGACGAUGAGGAUUAUGAGGAGGAUGAGGAUGAUGAUGAUGGUGGUGGUGAUGAUUCUGAUGCUAACCAAGAAGAAGAAGAGGAAGAUGAUGAUAAUAGUAGUACUGAGGACAGUGAAUUACGCAAGAAAAACUGUGGUGAAGAACCAGAUAAAAAGGAAGUUACAGACGAAAAUGCUACUGAAGUGGAUGGAAAUCUGCAGAAAGGAAAAAAACUGACCAGACUUAAGAGAAUAAUGACACAUGACAUGUUUGACUCACAGGGAAGCAACUCUGAAGAUGAAGGUGAUGAUGCCAAUACUUCCACAGUGUCAAACCUUACUAUCCCUCCCUACCAACCUGGUGGAGCUCAAUCGCAGAUUUCGCAGCUUACGCAAGAGAAAGUUAAUGCUCCUUCACCUACCUUAGAGGUUAUGCUGUCAAAGGAGUCAGCAAGUCAGCAGCUGCUGGAAGGUUCAGACAUUACAACAUGUGCUGCCUCAUCAAUAUUUGGUAUUCCAAAUGUUGCACCUUCGCAAGAAGGUUGUAAGAAACUUUUCCUAUCUGGUACAUUUGACACCCAGAAAAAUAUGGAUGAAUUAAUGGAGUUCUGUUCAGGAGAUUUUCCAAUGACGGUUCGCACCAACUCUGAGAACUUGAAUGAGUUGAAGCAACCCGAUAUCGAAAAAGAUCUCCUGGACCUUUGUUCUGGAAAAUUUCCUACACAACCAAUUAGUAUGAGAUCUCUGGAGAAAGAUGAAGAGUCCAAAAAUGAUGCUGCAGCAUUUGAUGAUACACAAAGUAUAGAAAACACACAGGAACUGAGAUCCACCCUCUCAAGUGACAAAAGCUUCUCUCUAAAAAACACAGCAUCCUCAAAACUUUCGCAAGGAGAUGUAAGUGUCAAGGCAAAAAAAAUUCCAAAACAGAUUGUGUCAUCAGAUGAAGAAGAUUCAUUAAGCGAUGACGCAGCUACAACAAAAAGGAAAAAAAGGAAUAAGAAGUUAGAUUUUUCAGAUGAGGAGGAGGAGGAGAAUGUACUUUCAGACAGAGAGACUGACAAUGAGGAGAUGGGAGAAACAGACAAUCCACAAGACAUUGUUGAUUAUGACUCAGAAGAAAAUGAAGUAGCUGAAAACCCCAAACGUGUUCCUGGAACAUUAGCAGCAAAGGAAUUCUUUGAAAAUGAAGCAGAGCUGUCAGAAUCUGAAUGGGAUAGUGAAGACGAAGAUGAGAGAGAUUUAGAUAACCUGGAAUGGGAAGAAGGUGAUGAUGAAAAUGUUGAUCAGAAGAAGCUGAAGGAACAGUUGGGAAAAAUACAUAUGCGACAAGUCUUAGAUGAUGAUCAACGGAAUGUGCGUUUACUUCAGGAACUCUUACUUGAAGAUGGUGAGCUGCAUUCAGAAGGAGGAAGGGAAAGAAAGUUUCGCUGGAAGAAUAUGAAUAUAGCAGAUGAAAAUGAGCAAUCAAAAAAGGACUCUGAUGCAGAGGAUGCUGUAGAGUUCGAAGGCAAUGAAGAAGAUGAAGCUGAAUGGCGAAAGGAAAGAUUCGAGCGUGAAACAUUCUUAAUGGAGCAGAAGGAAAAAGCAGCUGCAGCAGGUAAAGAUGACAUAGAGUUUAUUGAAGAUGACAGCCAGUUACUAAAACUUGGGAAAGCAGCUCUUGAACGAAUGCGAAGAUCACUCUCGCAUGAUAUGUCAGAAAGUCAGAGUGUCCCUAGAAGAUGCUCUGACAAUUUGGAAGUUUCUCCAAAUCCAAAGCAACCUUUCCAGCUUCUGACAAAACGUGGAUCGUUCCUUGCUCGUAGUGAAAGCUCACUAGCAAGGAUAGCACAGCUGACUGAUGGCACCAGUAUAACAUCCACUGUCAUCACAACCAAUAAGUCUCGCAAUUUUGUAUUUGCCACACUUAGCCCUGAGAAAGCCGAGCAAAAAGAGGAAGUAACAGUUACUCAAAAGGUCCAGAAACGAAAAAGCAAUGGAGCAACUCCUUUCCUGGUCAAGAAACUGAAAAUGUCUGAAGGGAAAGACAGAAAUAGUGCAAAAUGUUUAUUUGACCAUCUAGAACACUGACAAAAUAAGAGCCUAUAUUUUAUUAUUUGACCACUGUACAUGUUGUAAAUAAGAGUAAGUAAUGAAAGGAGUGACGGUAACCAUUCACUGUAUAAUUGAGCAGUCGACAGUCUCAGAUUCCACCACUAAGCUUCUGGACACUGGACUGAUGGGCUUAAAAAAAAGUGAUGCACAGCUGUACUGUUUCAGUACUGCAGCUCAACUGGGCUUUUGAGGUUGCAGUGCUGCAAAAAUGUUAUUUUGUGUGGGUGGAAGUAGGUGGGUUUGAGGUAGGACGUUGCCUAAAAGGUUUACAACUAUUUCAAUCAUGUUUGUGUCUCUUAACUGCUCAGUGCCUCAGCCACAUGACUAGUGGUUGCCUUUAAUGCUCCCAUUAUUUUUAUUCCAUCCAGUAUCAUGUAAAUACAUGUAAAUUAUUUUUGUACAUAACAGUAUAAUACUGGCAUAACAUGAUCUCUGUACUAUGAGCUUUAAGGAUCUUUAUACAGUGUGGAACAGAAGUUAUAUUUUUCAGAGUCCUAAUAAUCAAGCUGAAGUUAUAUAUGUAUAUUAUAAAUAAAUUCCAUGACAUUGUGUCAGCUG